GAAAGACCACCAUAUUGAAUUUUCAGCGAGUUAAUUGUGACGCGAAUGGAUUUCGCUGCGUUGAAAAAUUAAUAUUUAAUGUGGAAAAAGUGCAAUUUUCCUAGCAAAAAUAUUAAAAAAAUUGAGUUCAAUGAACAUUUAAUACAUAAGUGGCAAAAGUAAGUAGCGGAAAAGUCGAAAAGUGCGUGAAAUUUGCUUGUGAAAAUUGUGGCCAGCGGAGCGCUACUUGAAAGUUUCCAUGCAUAUAUAUUUCACAAAAGUGGAAGAAGAAGAAGCCAUAGGCAAUUAAAAAGUUAUAUGAGCAUAGAAAAGUAGCACGGCAGGAAAAAGCCAAACAAACGCGCUGGGCAUACGUGCUGCGUGGCGUGUUGGUUUAUUGAAAGCAAUCACUACAGAGGUGCGGUGUAAAAAACGCUACUAGCAGCUGUUUUAAAGCCAAACGUCUAUCAAACAAAAAUUAAAAACUUAAAUAGUUUUGUGGCAUAGUAAUUGCCUUCUGUACUGUAAUGAGUGUCGCUGCAAUGACUAUGGACGAUCAAAGACCUUUGAUGAACAGUUACGAUAAAUUGUCCAAACAAUACGAUCAAAAUUUACACGGCAAUACCGGAGUAGGUAGUGGAGUUGGUGGCAACGGUUUGGGUGUGGGCGGUGCACCACCAUCUGGACCCGCCUCGCCAACACCAUCCGGGAGCGAAGAGUUGCAGCAUCAAUACCAUCAUUCACAUCAUCAUCAUUCCCAUCAUCAUCAUCACCAUCACUCGCGACAUAUUAUGCAUCAACAUGCGCCACAUAUGUCAGCGUCUGAACAUCAGCCACCAUCGCCGCCGCCAACUCAGCAACAGCAGCAACUUAUGCACCACCACAAUCAGCAUCAUCAGAUACAGCAGCAGCAGCAACAACAAUUGCAGCAGCAACAGCCAGGCACAGUUGCAGAGGCUGUUGCUGCUGCCGAACAUCGGCAGCGGUUGCUCGAAGAUGAAAUUGAGAGUCUCAAACUGGAGCAGGCGCGCCUAUCGCAGCAAUGUGUUGAUGCACAACGUCGCGAAAAAAUACUCAUGCGUCGUCUGGCCAACAAGGAGCAAGAAUUUCAAGAUUAUGUGAGUCAAAUUGCGGAAUACAAAGCUCAACAAGCGCCCACAUCAUUGGCUCUGCGUUCCGCUUUGCUCGACCCAGCUGUUAAUUUACUCUUUGAGAAGCUUAAGAAGGAACUAAAGGCUACCAAGGCUAAAUUAGAAGAGACGCAAAAUGAAUUGUCAGCUUGGAAAUUUACGCCAGAUUCGAAUACAGGCAAACGCUUAAUUGCCAAGUGCCGUUUGUUGUAUCAGGAAAAUGAAGAGCUAGGUAAAAUGACCUCCAAUGGUCGUUUAUCUAAACUAGAGACUGAAUUGGCAAUGCAAAAGAGCUUUUGCGAAGAAGUAAAAAAGUCACAAUCAGAGGUCGAUGAUUUUCUACCUGAAUUGGAUGAAGAUGUUGAAGGCAUGCAAAGCACAAUCCUAUUCCUCCAGCAAGAACUCAAGACCACCCGCGAUCGCAUACAAACAUUGGAAAAGGAAAAUUACCAAUUAAAAACCGGUAUUAUGGACAGUGAGAGUAUUGUGAAAUCCGAGGUUACAGAUGCGCUUAAUGUCGGCGAUGCCAAUCAUCCCUCAAUGCACAGUGGCCUGAAUGGCGCUGUAGACCCGAGCAAGUUGUCGAUAAAUGCUGCCGAAACCUGUGCCAUACCCUAUAACAUCGUUGCCACAAGCAAUAAUACCAUCAACGCCAAUUCCAACCCCACUAACGCCCUAACUACACUGCACAAUACGCAUACACUUACCAACGAAUUGAAAUAUGUCGCUGCUCGUCCGCUGGAGACCAUCGAUGAAAACGCUUGUGUGCGCAAUUAUGCAGCUACUAACGAAUACUACAACGGUAAUGAGGAUCAGCAGCAAAAACAGCACGUCCCAAUCCCAAUCCCAGCGGAAGUUGACGCUAAUACUAGUUUAAAUUCAUUCAGUGCUGCGACAGUUCCUGGCAGCAUGCUGCGGACGGUGGCUUCGCGCAAACGUAACUUUGAAUUCGGCGAUCCAAAUGAAAAUCAGCCUAUUGCUUUGGUUGCAGCGCCUGCUACGCCAAUACAUGUAACAGCGCCACGCACUCUGCCACCGAAGAAGUCCAAGUUGCGGCGUGCUUCCGUGCAAUCCAAUGAUAUGAACGAGUUCGACACCGUUAAUGUGGUGAAUGCGGUUGUUUCAAAUGCUCCAAUGUUAAGCGGUGGCAAUGGCGGCCUGGCGGCGAUCGAUCCACUAAGUAUCGUUGAUAAUGCGGUGGUUGGCAUGGCGAAUGAGGAGCAUCCCAGCGGCAUGGCAAUCGAUGAUGCGGCCAUAGAUGGAAAUGCGGGUGGUGUUGCGUUGCGCAUAAUGACGCGAAGGCGCUCCGUGCGCCAGCAACAAAAUGGCAAUAUCGGUGGCGAUAGCAAUCACUAGGCGUAAAAUGGCAAGACGCUCGAAAUAGAGCUAAUUAUAAAUGCAUACAAUAUAACUACAUACAUACUAUAUAUAAACUAAAAUAUAUAUUUUUUAUUUCAAUUUGAUUGUAAAAGUGUUUUAACAAAAUACAUACAUCAGCAGAAUUUAAUGAUGCUAAGGGAAAAUCAAAACAAUAACUGAAAAAAACGAAACAAAUUAAGUAACCAUGCAGCAAAAUAGGAAAUAUAAAUAAAAAUUUAGAUAAAAAAUAUAAAUGUAAAUCAUGUGUACUUUAUGAAAAUUAAAAGCAAAAAUGUACGUUAAGCCGUUAAUGAUGAUGAAUGCGCACGUUAUAUGUUUUUCCUUUGAACAAAGCUAUUUAUAACUUAGCAAAAGAAAAUGUGCAAAUUAUUUUAUAAAAUUUGCCUAAAUAAUGUAUUGUUUUAUUUACUUUAGCAGCUAUAUACAUACAAAUGUGUUAUGAAAAUAAAAACAACAAAAAUCAUUGAAAAUAACGUUUACGGUACUUUUAAUGUGCAGUUUAUUAGAAUUUAGUUGCUUCAACUGAAAAAAACAUGCAUGAGAUUUUUGUAGUGAGAUUGAAGCCUUGCUUCGGUAUGGCAUUGGUUGCAUUGCCUUUUUGAUAAGGAACAAGCUAAAAAAUACAAACAUACAUACAACUAAUUUGUUUAAAUUAAGUGAAUAAAUAAUCAGGUUUAAUACAAAAUACAUACUGAUUUUCAUUUACAUGGAAAUGUGCAGUCGAAACUCGAUAAAUGGUAUGAGUUUGAAAUGGGUCGUUGGAAGGCUAAGUUACACGUAACAGAAAUCAAGGUUGCCGGGAUGCCGAGUUAGGGAGUGUUUAAUGGCUCGAUUACGGAUGGCAACCGAACCUCAGACUAAAAACUAUUCACACUCAUUUAUUGAACUAGAAAACGGCAUUAGUGGAUAGACGAUAAUCGACCAAGAGUCGUUUAUCUACUAGUCGACACUCGUAAAAGGGCUAGGUAUAGUUGCUAUUCAUAAUAUAUAUUUUCAUUUCAGUGGUGUUGCCCAUCGGAAACCCAACUGAGGUUGCGUCGCCAUUCAAAAUCGACGCAAUUUUUUAUUUUUUUUUCUGCUUUAAUAGUCUUCAAAAUCGACACCGUCAACAACAUUAAAUAACAUUCAUAGAUAGGCACCAGCAACUUUUUGUUCCUUUUUGUGACUAUUCAUCGCCUGAAUUAAGGGUCCCAAGUACUCAAAACCCAAUUUAAGGACGAGUCCAUCUUAAAGUUAAAUUCUAAAAAUAGACAUUUUACUAAACAACGACCAUAUGAUAAAGCUUAGUUAG